AUAUCGUAAUGUUACGUAAAAAUUAAAAUUUAUACUUGCACUUUUUUGUAAUAGGCGGGACGUUACAAGAUGUUACACAGCUGCUAACUAAUAAUGGAUCACAAUUUGAGGGAUGCUGCUGAGCAAGGAAACAUUGAGGCCUUGUACGCGUCGAUUGCAAGGGACGCGAAAGUUUUGGACAAGAUCGAUGAGAUUCCAUUUGUUGAGACCCCUUUACACAUAGCUGCAGCUGCAGGACAGACCCAAUUUGCCAUGGAGAUGAUGAUGUUAAAGCCAUCCUUUGCUAGGAAGCUUACCCCAAAUGGCUUCACCCCCUUUCUCCUUGCUAUGCAUAAUAACCAAACCCAAUUGGUGCGCCAGCUACUUUCUAUUCAUAAGGACCUUGUUUGUGCACCAGGAAGGGGUGGUAUGAAUCCUUUACAUUAUGCAGCUCAAACAGGAAACCUCCUUCUGCUGACUCGAUUUUUAGUAGUCUGCCCCAAGUGUAUUGAAGAUGUGACAAGUCGAAGCGAGAAUGCUCUGCACAUUGCACUGAAAAACAACAUGUUAGAUGCAUUUCAGCUCCUGGUUGGAUGGCUUCGGCGGGCCUGGUUUAAAAAUUGCGUUACUGUAGACUAUUUUACAGUGAUUGCCGGGAUCAAUAAUUGUGCACCUCUACAGGUCGUGAGGUGGUUAUUGGAUUGUAGAGUCCGUGUAAAAUUCAAGAAUUUAGCGGGUUUUACUGCUCUGGACAUCGCGCAAGGGCAAACACAAGUGGAGAACCAAGAGAUGAGGAAUAUGCUAAGCCGUGCUUUUAGUAGUACUGCUUCAUCUCUUCCUAGUGUUCUGUCUUUGGCAGAUUACUUAAGAUCUCCUCUCCCAAUUUAUGAGAAGUUAUGCGUAUUUUUCUUGCGUCAGAGAACUCUACUGUCAAAUGACUAUGGCAAUAUGCUUUUGGUAGUUGCUGUACUGCUUGUAACAAUUGCCUACCAAGCAAUACUCAGCCCCCCCGGAGGAUUUUGGCAAGAUAAUCAGUUCAAUAUCACAGCCGCCACUAGCGCUAGAAAUGAAUUAGAGGGAUUCUUAGAAAAACAACUAUCAUACAUACUGAUACUGCUAUCAAUGGAUCACAAUCUGAGGGAUGCUUCUGAACAAGGAGACAUUGACGCCUUAUACAAGUUGAUUGCAAUGGACGCGAAAGUUUUGGACAAGAUCGAUGAGAUUCCAUUUGUUGAGACCCCUUUACACAUAGCUGCAGCUGCAGGACAGACCCAAUUUGCCAUGGAGAUGAUAAUGUUAAAGCCAUCAUUUGCUAGGAAGCUUAACCCAAAUGGUUUCACCCCAUUGCUCGUUGCUAUGCAUAAUAACCAAACCCUGUUGGUGCGCGAGCUACUUGCUGUUCAUAAGGACCUUGUUUGUGAGCAAGGAAGGGGUGGCGUGAAUCCUUUACAUUAUGCAGCUCAAACAGGAAACCUCUUUCUGUUGGGUACAUUUUUAGCAGUCUGCCCCAACAAGUGUAUUGAAGAAGUGACAAGUCAAAGCGAGACUGCUCUACAUAUUGCACUGAAAAACGACAAGUUAGAUGCUUUUCAGCUCCUGGUUGGAUGGCUUCGGCGGGCCGUGUUUAAAAACGCGACAUUCUGGCAGAAGAGGAUACUGAAUUGGCUGGAUUUGAACGGUAACAGUGUGUUGCACAUUGCAGCAUCCAAAAAUGAACCCCAGGUCGUGAGGUGGUUAUUGGAUUGUAGAGUCCCUGUAAACCUGAAGAAUUUAGAGGGUUUUACUGCUCUAGACAUCGCACAAGGGCAAACACAGGUGGACAACCAAGGGGUGAGGAAUAUGCUACGCCGUGCCGGAGCUUUUAGUGCUUCAUCUCUUCCUAAGAUUGCAUCUUUUGCAGACUACUUAAGAUCUCCAGUCCCCGUUAAUGAGAAGCUAUUCAUAUGUUUCUUUCGUCAGAGAACGCUAAUGUCAAACGACAUGCGCAAUAUGCUGUUGGUGGUUGCUGUACUGCUCGUAACAGUCGCCUACCAAGCAGUACUCAGCCCCCCUGGAGGAUUUUGGCAAGAUAACUACAUCCCUGGAACCAAUAACUCUGGAACCAAUAAUCAGUUCAGCAUCUCGGCCGCCACCACCGCUAGAAAUCAUGAAGUCAGUCGUCAAGUCCCCCACCGGGUGGGGACAGUAACCAUGGCCAAACACUUUUUCCAUCUACUCUUGGGCAUAAAUACUCUAACCUUUUAUAUACCACUACUCUUGAUUAUCUUAGUCCUUCCUCCUGGUCUUCCUAGUUUCCUGCUAAUCAUAUCCUUUGGACUCCUCUUUCUGUCCUAUGGCACGUCUAUAUCAAUCACAGCUCCACUUCCAAGUCAUUGGCUUAAUUAUUUCUUGUUUUUCUCUUUCUGUCUUGUGACUAACAUUUCCUUGUAUGUCGUCAUCACUUGGAAGCAUAUGGAAGAGUUUUUACGACUCUUUUAGAUGUUGAAAAGAAGCGCAAACAAUAAGGAUGCUAGUACUCAACCUAAGCAGUCGAAUAAUUCGUUCAAGAAAGAAGAAUUGGUGCAAACAAUCAGGCCAACCUUCGACCAGUACACAUCUGGAAUGUGUUUAUGAUGAUUCAUCUAGAGAUCCUUAACUACUCUUGAAGUAUCAUUUGUGUUUAAUUUGUUGAGAAAACUACAAUUAUUCUCUCAGUCAAUGAUCACCUAGUUGUCAAUA